CGGAAACAGCUAAGCUUGAGUGAAAUUCGGGAACCAGAGUUUUGGCCGAACCCAUUCAAUGUGAUUCCUCACCAUUCCCAGACAGCUUUUUCAGAUGGGUUGCUCAACAAAGUUUCUGCAAGCCGCAUUUUGCAUUCCACACAAAUGCAUUUAUGUGACAAAUUCGGGCAUUGGGUCCGCAUUCAGGCAUUGAGUUCAUUUCCCUUAAAAGAGGAUCCCGGUCGUUGCCGUGGUCGCGUCGCUCUUGCCCACUGACGUCAGCAUGGCAGCACCAGCAUUCUCGGCCCUCAUCGUCGGCGGCACGGGUGCAGUGGGUCGUCAAGUCCUCAAAGAACUCCUUGCAAAUCCCCAAAUAUUGCGCGUAUCAGAGUAUGGAAGAAGAGUGACUUCCUCCGUAGACUUGCCUUCCACCAUCAAUCCGCCUGGGAAAUUAACGCAGAGAGUUGUGAAUUUUGACAAGAUUCAGGAGGAAGGAUUGAGGGAUGGCAAAUUUGAUCUUGUCGUUAUUACGUUGGGUACUACAAGAGGGAAUGCUGGGUCCUGGGACAAUUUCGUCAAGAUUGAUAGGGAGUACGUGUUGGCGACUGCCGCUGCCGCUCGGGUCCCAGGAUUGAAGCAGAAGAUCAUCUAUUGUUCAUCAUUUGGCGCCGGUUCGGAUAAACUCCUGCCCUACGCAAAGAGUAAAGGUCUGACAGAAGAGGGCAUCGCCAAAGUUGGAUAUGAUGAUACGAUCAUUUUCCGUCCUGGGUUCUUGACUGAACGGGGUGGGAACGAGUCAAGGAUCUUGGAAGGGAUUUUCAGGUUCUUCACGGGUAUCCUGUCGCAUUUCUCUCCUCAUGUUGAGAUCAAGACCUCGGAAGUAGCGAAAGGAAUGAUCCAAGCUGCGCUCAAAGGGUCAUCGGGUCUACCACCCGAGGCUGAAGUCUUUACCGCUGGCGGGAAGGGAGACGUUCCUUUGUAUCAUGUUGUCGGGAAUAAGGGGAAUAUUGCGAUUGCGAAAGAACAAUCUUGAGUACGAUGGCAUAUGACACAGGAUACGAAUCUCAAGCACUAAGUAUUUUUCAAAGCGCGGUCAGGCCAGCCACCCCUUACACCCUUUUGUCCUGGGGGGGGGUUGUAUUCAACUAAUGUCUUGUACUCACAAACGCUUUGCUACGCAUAUUUCAUGAAUCGAAUUCAUUAG